UUCAUAUAGCGAUAUACAUAUGUAAGUGGUAUCGAUAUAAUUGAUACAUUUUGCUAAAAACUGAUACAGGGGGCUUUUCUCGCCAAAUUAGUCGGAAUUCUGUAUAACAUCAAAUAACAUUCAGAAAGUUUGAAUCAAAAUCGCAGGUUUGACUUAAGCGUUUAGCUUAAGCAACAAAUACACAGAAUCAGCCAUGUCUCGACACGACAUCAAACUAGAGGUGUGCGUUGACUCCCUUACUUCGGCCUUUAACGCUGAAGCUGGUGGAGCUGCUCGCAUUGAAUUGUGCUCCGCCCUUAGCGAGGGUGGACUGACACCCACAGUUGGAACGUUAAAAGUUCUAAAGGAGCUUCCCUUUACAUUGCCGGUGUUUUGUAUGUUGCGACCACGUCGUGGCACCGACUUUGUUUACACUGAAGAAGAAAUACAGGCUACUCUCACAGACAUGGACUUGCUAAGACAGCAUGGUGCUGAUGGCUUUGUAUUUGGAGCACUAACAACAGAACGCACAAUAGAUGUGGAAAAGUGUCGACGGAUCAUGCAACAAUCAUGCGGCUUGCCUGUAACUUUCCAUCGAGCCUUUGAUCUCACUGACCCAAAUCAAAUGCAUGACAAUGUAGAACGACUUAAGGAGAUGGGAUUCAAACGUUUGCUUAGCAGUGGCUUCCGACAAACAGCAGCGGAAGGCGCAGACAGCCUUGCUCAGUUAAUAGCAAAGCAUCAUCGUGAUAUCACCGUAAUGCCCGGUGCCGGCAUUAAAGUAUGCAAUGUCGAGGAGAUAUUGACCAAUACACGUUGUAUGGAGUUUCAUGCAUCUGCCACAGAAUCCGCUGGCGAGGACUACAGCAUGCCGCACGCCACACGCAUGGAUUGCGAUGUGGCAAUGGGCAAGCAGGACAUAGACCCUUAUUAUGGCACAAACACGAAUGUUGUGCGCAAAAUGGUAACCAUAGCUAAUUCGAUGGGCAGCAGAUGAAAACUAAUAACAUCACGGCCAGGUUAUAAAAUAAUUUUUUAAUAUUUAAGUUUAAACGACUGACCACUGGCUUUUGAGCUUUGUACAGGCCAUCCGUGAAUCAAGGAUCGCGGUUUUCCAUAAUAGUAUAUAAUAAUAAAGUUGUGUAGAAACUCAGUAGAAUGGCA